AUGGCUGCGGUGGGAGGCAGGCGGGCGGACGGGAAUGCGGCGGUGGUCGUCGGCUCGCCGGCGUCCGCCUCGGCCGCUGUGGCUUGCCUAGGUGUUGUAUCCUUCAUAUACCUGACAAAGAAACUCUUGACAUUGAUUGCAGCCGUUCUUGAUCCCUAUGGAGCUACUAUGUUUGGUUCUCAGGCAAACUUGCCUGUGAACCUGGGUGCACAUACUUCAGUGGGUGAGUCCAACCAAGUGUCUGCUGCACUCCAACCCCCUGGUGCUAGAAAUGCAUCAUCACAAUCACAAGAAGAUCGCCUUGUUCUUACUGAGAACGAUAUGUACAUGAUAACUGGGCGAUACAGUGUAUCUUCAGAAGAUCCAUUCCAAGCACACGCUGGGCGUGGAGCUCAGCAUACAUCUGAAGUCAAUGACCAGCAUGAUAUAGAUCUUGAACCUUUUGUUGACAAUCGAUUUUCAGAAAGCUUGAAUGAUUUGAACCGGGACAAUGAAAUGCAGACAGAAGCAGGAGGAAACAAAAACGGCUCUAUGGUGUCAAAUGAGAUUGCUUCUGACAAUGAUUCUGAUUCCGAGGAUGAUCUUUCUUCAUCGUUGUUGCAAAAAGCCUUUGAAAUUGCUGUUACAACUGCUGGAGAACAAAAGAACAGUGGUGCAGCUGGUGAAGUUCAAAAAUUAACACAGGAAGACAUACUGAUAUUCCUUGAAAAUGACAGUAUAGAAGCUGCUCAAAGUGCUAGCCAAGAAGUGCGCAGCCAUCACGUACCCCAUGUGGACAUGGUCUUUGAUACGGGUGAUGCAUCUUACAACUUUUACAAUGAGUAUGCCUCAAUUGCUGGUUUUUCUGUGAUUAAAGCAUCUCGGUAUUGUGGCAAGAAACAAGGAGGCAGUGCAACAACUCGGGUAACUUUCAAGUGCAAUCGGUCAGGAAAACUAAUUGAUGAAGAAGAACAAGAGAAUAGGAAGAAGAAACGACAUGACACAAGGCAACAGAAGACAGGACAAGAGCCCUAUCGCAACGCAAGGAAGAAAAAAGCAAACACCAUUGCAAUAACAGGGUGUAAAGCUCAGCUUAUUGUCACCAAGAAGGAUGAGAAGUGGGUGCUCACAUAUUUAAGGAAGAGACAAGCUGAAGAUCCACAAUUUUACUAUGCGUUCAAAACAACUAAAGUCUCUGAUGACGCAAGUAAAGUUUUGUGCAUUUUCUGGGCUGACGGAUAUUCUAGGAAAAUGUACAAGCUGUAUGGAGACUGCCUCAGCUUCGACACAACAUUCAAGACAAACAGAUACAACCUCCCAUUUGCUCCCUUUGUUGUUGUCACAGGACAUGGCCAGAACUGUUUGUUUGCUUGCUCUAUCAUAGAGAAUGAAACAGCUGACACCUUUCAAUGGUUGUUUGAGACAUUCUUGCAUUGCAUGGGUGGGAAAUCUCCGUCCACAAUCAUAACAGACGAGGAUGCUGGGAUGAAGACAGCUAUUCCUUUAGUUUUCUCGCAUAUCUGCCACAGGCGUUGUUUGUUUCAUAUUAAAAAGAAGGUUGAGGAAAAAUGUACUAGGACUUUUGCAGCACAGUGGAAGAAAAGGAAAAGGUUUGUCCCUGUGUAUUUCAAGACGGACUUCUUCCCCUUCAUUCACUCUACUGCGCGUAGUGAAGGCACCAAUGCCAUUUUCAAGGACAACAUCACGUCAACUCACAAUGUGAUGAGCUUCCUCCAAGAGUACCAGAAGAUUUCAGAGACCAUACAAGAUAAGGAGAGGCAGCAAGACUCUAUCACAAGAACAACUUCGCCGACAUUCUGGGUACGAAGUGAGAUUGAGAUACAAGCUGCAAAAAUAAAUGUGAAGUAUGAAGUCUACAAGACACCAAUGCUAGCUGAAAAAGAUUUCAGAACGCGAAGAUUUGUUGUGAUUGUCAACUUGCAGCAACAACUGUUCAGUUGUAUCUGUGGGAAAUUUCAGAAAGAUGGCAUUGUGUGUUGCCAUGUCUUGAGGGUCCUUUCUCAUCUCAACAUGUCUGUGCUGCCAGAAAAAUACUACAUAGACAGGUGGAGGCCAAAAAAUACAAAGGACCUGCGGGACAUCCGUUUCAAUGUUCCUUUGGAACUAACUGCUGGAAGUCAACACUUGAGGUAUACCCUGCUAUCCAACAGGCUCAAUGAGAUGGCUUCAGACGGUGCAUCAACAAAUAGAAAAUAUCUGUAUGUUGUAGCAGAAUGUGAAAGGGUGCAACAAAAGUUGGAUGAGAUGACUAAAGAGGAUGAACUUGCAGAAGCACAACAAGCAAAUGUUGACAAGGACACAACAGAGACUGAUGCAGCACUGCAUCCUGAUGGCUAUGGAGACAAACUUCAAGAUCCUGAUGUUGCAGUAUCAAAAGGGCGUCCACAAAAAGGUCGUUACAAAACUUUCAUGGAAAGUUUAGCAUCUAAACAGAAAGUCACAUGCAGUCGGUGUGGGAAGCCUGAUCAUUAUAAAAGUUCUUGUACUGCAAGUACUGAAGAUGUCAAUUUGGCUUAG